GGACGCACGUGCCUACGUUUGUGACGAUCUCCACGAGCUUUCAGAAUUAAAAACUUAAAUCGUGCUUUACAGGGAUUUUAAAAGUGAACCGUUCAGAAUUAAUUUAGUGGUUUUUAUUGUGGGAAGCUUUGUGAAUUUAAAAGGAUUAACUUGUUUCGUGAUAAACAAUGCAAAAGAGAAAACGCCAGAGAAAAAGGAAACUAAAAUUGAGUGUUGUGAAAUGGACGGUACUUUGGAAAAUAUAAGGUGAAAGAAAUGAUGUUUAAAAUGGCUUCCCGGAUACUCUGUCCGAAAAAGGGCGGAGUUUCUAACAGGCAUCUGUUGGUUGUUGUUCUAUAUUUGUGUCAGACUAUAGUUUGUGACAGCCAAUGUCCGAAGUUUGCUGAAAAGCCUCUGGAGACGAGAGUUGAAGAUGCUUCUAUUGUUUUUAGAGCGGUCGUUAUACAAGCACAUUGUCAGAGUAAAACGUUAGAUCUAGCACUUGUAUCGAUAUAUAGAGGAGGUGUGGAGCUGGCGUCUGUUAGUCAGUACUCAGGCUCUCCGUACAAUACAACUGAUAGGCAAGUAAAUCUAAAAGUGAGCCCACAAAUAGAAGGAUGCUUCAACUGGAGUAUGGCUCCAUCACAGAGCGAGUUCAUCAUCUUCGCAAGAAUCAGUGAUCCUGCUGAAGACUUAGAGACGACGCCUGCUGACGGACCUUGGUUGGAGGCCACAUCUGCUGCAGUUCCUUGGAGUUUAGGCGUCGAUAUUGCUAUCUGGAAUGCAGUUGGUUGGGCGAGCUGGGGAGAAUGGGGUGUGUGCAGUAAAACAUGCGGAGGAGGAAAACAAAUCAGAAGAAGAUAUUGUUCGAAAGCAUCGUGCGAAGGAUAUGGUGAACAAGGACGUUCUUGUAACUCUUUUGGUUGUACAGAAACAAUAAAUCCUCUAGCACCCGAUGCUAGACGAAACUUCCACCCUACACAAGCACGUUGGGGAUCAGUUCCUGACCGACCUCAUGCAUUCAGUCUGCGACCAAACUCCUACAUAUGGAUCGCUUCUUCAGAAUUAUUUGCUGCUGGAAGAACAUUUCCAUCGGAGUUCACAUUAUUUGUUUCUUUGAGAUUAAGACCAGAGAGCGGUGGUUACGGUCAAGGCACACUAUUUUCUCUGCGGUCCCGGCGACGGUCCGGUUCGUUCCUGUCACUGGAGCUGGCGGGGCGCGGCGCGGCCAGAUUAGUCCAUGCCGGGGCCGGCCUCUCACGCUCCAUAUAUCUCGCGGUACCAUUGUAUGACUUUCGUUGGCAUCAUAUAGCUAUAAGCGUCCACGACGAUAAUACGGUCCGUGUUUACGUCGACUGCCGUUGGCUGAGGACAGAUGUCCUUGAAAAGGAUGCCUUGGACACGCCGACAGACGCCGAUCUCAUUAUAGGCUAUCUUUUCUCGGGAGAUCUCGAACAACUAGUGUUGGUGCCAAAGGCGGGUCAAGCUCACAAGCAAUGUUCUAGUCAAGUCGUUGGUAUUACCAGUUUACCUGAGACAUUACAAUUACCUACACUGGUUUAAAGCGCCUGAAGAAUAAAACUGAACUAUUACAAUUACAAAUAUUGUUAAACUAUUUUAGACAUAAAUAUGUAUUUAAUGUUUUGUCUAAA